AUAACAGUGCCACAGUUUGGGCAAUAUUGGCUCUUCUAUUGUAACAUUGUUCACAGUUUGAGCCGCAUUGCUUAAAUUCUGUCGUUCGAGUUUGUCAAGCGAAUGUAAACAAGCAACAACUGGGAACGACCAGAAGGCAACAAGCAACAAGCCCAGGAAUUGUUUUAAUUUAUUCUUGCAGAGAGCCAAGUUUCUAAUACACAAAGCAUACAUAAAUGGUUUCUACUUUCAUUGGCCUAUUGGACAUACAAUCAUGGUGGGAGAUACCGUGUAUUUCGCAUUUCUGUUCAUUGUUUAGUUCCGCCUUCGAUUUGCCCGACAUUGAUAUAGAGGAUCUCGAAUCGGCGCUGCUCUCCGAUGGUACCAGCGAUGAGGAUCAAGUUGCCUUAGUGCCCGAAUUAAUUGUACGCCUGCUGACCGGCUGCGAUGCGCUACAGUCGGUAGCCAAUGAGAUAACACACAGCAAUUAUCAGAUGUUUUUGCGCCGUUUCCUGCGCCAACAGUGUCGCCUGCAUCAGACAGAGAAUCACUUUGAUACGGACAUUGACUUUCAAUCGCUGCCGGUGCGUAAGCGUCUACAAAUUCUGCACGAUCUGUGCCAUUUUCGCCUGGACUCUGUCGAUGUGCAGGUCAUCCUAAGCAACCUAGAGGCGGACAGUUUGCGCGUUGAGCCGCUCGGCUACGACGCCAAAAAUUCGGGAUAUUGGUAUUUCUACGGUACGCGACUCUAUCGCGAGGAUAAGGCGACAACAACGGCCACUGCUUCCGGUUCGGGCAAGUCAGCCGCUGCUGCUGCUGCGCUCUCAAGUAGUGGCGCCGGCUCUGGUGGCCAUACGAUCCUAGGCGGCAACAGUACCGUCUGGCAGGUCAUUUGUUUCACCGAGGAGGAUUGGCAGAAUUUGGCAGCCAAAUUCAAGACCUCAACGAAUGGUAAAGAGCGCGAACUCUUCCAAAUACUGGAUGAGAACUUUCUGCCCAAGCUGCCGCAGCUGUUUCGCGAACGUGAACGUCUGAGACGCAGAAAAUUGCUGCAAGUGCGCAACUCCAGUCGCAUACGUAAUCUCGCCGAGCUCAAGGCGCGCCAGGAGGAGGAGCGUGUUAAGCGCGAACGCGAACGUGAACGUGAACGCGAACGCGAACGUCGUGAGCGACAAUAUUCAGCUCAUUUGGCGCCGCCGGCGGUACAGCAGCGCUCACGCAGACGUUCUCAAUCGACCUCAACGGCUAGCGGUAUUUCAACUUACGCAAGCUCCCUCAGACGUACAACAACAACUAAUUCGAGCGAAUUUCUGUGCCACAGGGAAACCUUUUGUCUAUCGCCAGAAGACGAUGACCAAAACGACGACGAGGAGCCGAAUCAAGAGCAACAGCAACAACAGCAACAAUUAGCGCAACAACAACAACACGAGCAACAACAACAGCAACAAGAAGAAGAGGAACACGAGCAGCAGCAGCAAGAGCAGCAUUUAAACGCUGUGACAGCAGCUGGUGAUAAAUUCCGUUCACCGCCACCGCCGCCCAGAGAAAAAUCACAAACGCCAGCGAAAUUCAAGAGCAAGAGCCACCAUCAUCAUCAUCAUCAUCAUCAUCACCACAAGAAGAAAAAGUCUGGCAAGAAGCAAAAGAAACGCUCACGCGAGCGUCGCGAUCGAGAACGGGAACGAGAUCAACAUCAUCAUUAUCAUCACCAUCGACGGCGUCAUAAGCAUGCGUCUGAGACAGACGAGCACUGCGAGGACACCAACAACAAUAACAACAACGAGCAAAGCAACAACAGCAGCAGCAGCACAACAGUUGCUCGCAGCCACAAGCGACGCCACAGUCGCCAGCAGCAGCAGCAGCAGCAACAGCAGCAGCCGCAGCAGCAGCAACAACAGCUGGAACCGAGCCCAGAGACGCACGAGCCGCAGCUGCUGCACGCCGCGUCGCUGAGUCCCGAGGAUAAGGAGAACUUUUGCCGACAGCUGCAAUUGCUGGAUUCAAAUUCGGCGGCCAUUGCGGUCGCCACAAGCAUUGCGAACCUGAGCCUGCCCUCGCCUGUGGCGCAUGACAGCGAGGAGCAACUGCAGCCAGCAGAGCCAAACACAGCACAGCCAGUGGCUGCCAAGCGCGAGGAGCAGAUGGCGCCAGCGGCCAAUGUGAAGCUGCCCGGCCGGCAAACCAACAAUUCACUUAGCUCCCUAACGGGCAACAUUUUUAUACCAACUGGCGGCAACGCGUCCGCCCACCAGCAGCAGCAACAGCAACAUAGCAACAGCAACUCCGCAGCCGAGACGACGGCACGGUCCAAGAAACAAAAGGCCAGUGUGAGCGCCGGCAGCUCCGGCAGUAAAGCGGAACGCAGUGCCAGCAAAUCGGAGGCGCCGGCGAAAAGCAAAAAAUCAACGGCGGCUGCAGCGCCCUCCUCGGCCGCCUCCAGUGCCUCGUCGUCCAGCAAGGCGGAGCGCUACAGCAGCGCCUACUCCGACAAAAGUGCCGAUGACCAUGUAAAUAGUAACAACCGUAGCAACAGCAGCUUUAACAACAACAACAACAACAACAACCACCACCACCACCACCACCACCAUAAGCACGCGUCGCACCACAAUCACAACAACAACAACAACAACAACAAUCACAACCACUCAACGCCGGAAGCAACAACAACCGCAAUAAAAACAACAACGUCGCACGGAGUAGCCCACACACCUUCACACAACACCCAUCACACGCACAACAACACCCACUUUCAUAGUCAUAUUAACAGUAAUAAACAUAAAUCUCACUCCUCGACAACAACAACAACAACAACAACAAACCUAACCAGACCCAUAACACACAAUCUAACAACAACAACAACAACAACAACAAACCCAACAACAAUCACAACAACUUCAACAACAGCGAAAGCAAACAACAAUUCAACGUACAACUCCUCAAAUCAUGCGAAUAUUCUUAGCUUUACCGAAACGGAGGAGGUUCUACAAAUCGGAAUGCACAAGGUGCUCGUCUAUGUCAAAAAUCAUCGGGAUGCAUGGCCCUUCAUGGAUCCCGUUGAGGAGGAUAUUGCGCCGCGCUAUUACUCAAUCAUUAGAAGGCCCAUGGACCUGCUCAAGAUGGAGGACAAACUGGACAGUGGAGAGUAUCACAAGUUUAGCGAAUUUCGCAAUGAUUUUCGCUUGAUUGUCAACAAUUGUCGUCUGUACAAUGGCCACAACAACGAGUACACGGAAAUGGUCAACAAUCUGCAGGAAGCCUUCGAUAAGGCAACAAAAAAAUAUUUCGAUAAUCUCUCCGAGGACGAUGAUGAUGAUCCGAAUUUAAGUUAUCCCGCCGCUGAUUCCAAAAUGAACGUCUUUCGCGAGAAGUACUUCAGCAAGAAGGCGAAAGGUGACGAGGAGAAGGAAUCCUCGGCGAACUCUGCGUCCAGCAAGCGUCUGCAGGACAGCAGCGUCGAGGAGGGGCACCAUAGCGACACAGAGGAGCCCGCGGAGGCGACAACACACGCGCAGAAGCGCAAGCGCAAGGAGAAGGAUAAACGACGCAAGAAGAAAACCAAAAGCAAAGCGGACAGAAGCAGUCACAACGAUGACAUGGACACCGAUGAGGAGGACCUGGAGCCAGAGCCACCACCGCCGCCGCCGCCGCCGCCAGCAAUGAAAAAGAGCAAAAGCAACAAAGUACUUAAGGAAAAAGACAAGGAUAGGGACAAGGACAAAGAGCUAGCUGGUGGAUCCUCAGGCAAACGUGGACGCAAGGCCAAAGGCAGCAAGUCGUCGCAGGGCCAGGCAACCAGCUCCUCGAAGCCCAACACCAAAACACAAAAGACCAAAAAAGCGGGCAAAAAGUCAACGCCCGAAACGGAGCCAGAGUCGGAGCUAAGCGAGCCGCCGCCGCCUAGUGAGCCCGAGUCUAGCGACGAUGAUGAGCUGGCCUUGGCCAAGGUCAAGUCCCUGGUGAAGCCGACGGCGCGCACAAUCGCGGCACAAAAAAAGAAAAUGGUGCCCGCCGAGUCGAAGGUGAAGACCCCAACGCCCGUCAAGCGUCAGCCAAAGAGCAAAAGAGUUGGACGCGGUCGCGCCAAAGCCGAUCGGGAGCUGGCCGAACUGGACGACGAUGACGAUAGUCUACUGUACGACAUCAAUGCAAAGAAACAGCUGCCGCCAACAGCUGCUGCGGCGCUGGCUGAAUCCGCUGCAGAGCUGGAGGAAGAUGACGAGGACAAUGACGAUGCGGACGACGAUGAUGAUGAUGCGUCCAGAUCGCGCAGCAUGUCACCCUUCAAGGUGGAUCUGCACAAGAAAUACUCAAAGAGCGCACUCAACGAUGAUCUCUCCGAGCUGCUGACAACUGUCAAGAAGGUGACCAGCGCCGAGACCUCCAAGCUGAGCGCACGCCACGAAGGCGACAAGUCCGACCAGGACUCGGAGUCGGACUUUAUGCUGCUGGGCGCCAGCUGCCACAGUAGCUCCGAUGAGCGGCGGCGCCGCCCACCCUCGCCGGUGGCCGUCAAGCGGGGCAAGAAAAUCGAGACGUCGCUAGUAAAGAAGGAAAAGGAGCGGGAGAAGAAAAGCCGACAAGACAAAGACAAAGACAAAGAGAAGGAUAAGGACAAGGAUAGGGACAGGGAUAAGGAAAAGUCGCGCAGUGCCAAGCACAAGAAGAGCUCAGCGGAAUCAGCGGCUGCUGCAGCCGCUGCUGCCGAGCAAGCAGAACUGGAGAUGUUGUUGCCAUUCAUGGACAAAUACGAUGUCAUCAAAUAUCGACGCAGUCGCGCCGCGCAAAGUGGCUCCACCAGUGCAACCAAUUCGCUGGCACCCUCCGAGGACUCCAAGUCGACGAGUGUCAAGAGCGUCUCCACAACCAAAAAGAAACGCGAAAAUACCAUAGAGCCGGCUGCGGAGCAUAAACGUGGACGCAAAAGCAAAGAGCAGAAGCAUCCAAAGGAAUCGAGUCUAAACGACAAAGCGGCUGCCAAGCAGGAGAGGAGCGAGAAGGCGGAGGAGAAGUCCGUGGAGAAGGCCAAAAAAGCAGAAACGCCAAAAAACGUUGAGAAGCCGCCGCGGGAAUUGACGCCGCCGCCGCCGCCGCCGCUCGCAAAGACCUCAACGACGCCGGCGCCAGUUGCUCGGACAGAGCUGGCCAGCGGCAAGGAUGCGGCCAAGGGCAGCGGAAGUGCUGGCGCCAGCAGCAAUGCCAAGCCGAAGGAGAGCAACGUCAAGGCAAGCAGCAAGAAGCAGAGAGCCGAUAAGCAAAUGCCGCCGCCGCCAAAGCCCGCCGAGAAGACAACAGCGGAAAAGGGCGCCGGUCACAAAAAGCUGACCGGCAAAAAGGCGGCGGCAGCCGCGGCAGCUGCACAAAAAGCGGCCCCCAGCAGCAAUACCAAUCUGGAGGCGCUCGACGUGGAGACGGAGCAAACGCUGAAGGACAUCAAUCGCUGGCUGGAGCACACGCCGCGCUUCUCUGAGUUCAGCUCCGCCAGCAAUUCGCCCUCGCGCUACAAUCUGCUCGAUGACUUCGACUCGGCCAUUGGCAGCAAACUGGACGCGGCCGACUUUAGGCGACCCGUCGCCCUGGCUGCGCCCAAGGCGGAACUGGUGCCCACCAAGCUGGCAGAGGCGCUCAACGAGCUGGUCAGUGAAACAUCGGCGAGCAAGACGAGCGGCAACAAACUGGACGCGGAUACUUUGCCCACGGCCAGCAGCGUGAGCAGCAGCUGCGGCACGCCGCCGCAUUCGAUGCACUCGGGCAACUCCAUAGGCAGUACCUCGGCGACGGCGGCUAGCUCGAGCUCCGCCUGCUCCAACAACUCUACCUUAUCCGCGCAGCAGCAGCCAACAGCAGCAGCGCCGCCCGUCGCCGCGGCUCCGCCCACAGCAGCAGCAGCAGCAACAAUUGCGGCGGCAACCGCCCCGCUCGUCAAGCCAAAGGAGCCGAGCAGCACACAGCUGUUGCUGAAUCCGCCGCCGCCGCCGCAUAUUAAGCAGCAGAUGGCCAAGGAGGCGAAGCGCAAGUCGCUCAAGGAGAAGCUGGCGGCCAAUGCACAGGCGCAGCAGGCCAAGGCCAAGGCGAACGUGAUGCGCACCAUCGAGCGACUGCAGCCGGGCAAGACCAAGGGCAAUCUGAUACAGAAUGUGGUUGGGCCAAAGGCGGAUGAGCUGGAAACGCUGCUCUGUCCGGUGGUCAGCAAGUCCAAGUCAGAAGCCAAAAAUGCGCUCAUCACCGAGUGCAGCGACACGGCACCAAAGCUCAGCCUGGGCACGGUCAUUAAAACGCAGGACUUUGCGCUGGGCAAGACACUGGAGGAGCUGGCGAACCAGCAGCAGGAGCACGAUCCGGAGCCCAAAGAGCACAGCAGCGCAGAGGAGUCAGCAGCGGCCACAACGCCUACCAAGGAGACAAUGCCCAAGCCGUUCGAGGCGCUGCUCGAGCUGAGCAAAGCCAGUGAAAUGGCCUCGAAGGCGGCCGCCUCAGCCGAGACCAAGGAGAAGCCGAAUCUGAGUGCAUGGCUCAAAGCUUUUGGCGGCCCCAAAGUCAACAAGAAAUCCACCAGCGAGGAGGAGAAACCGCCAACGACAACACAGUCACAGCUGCUGGCUCAGGAUGACGCCCGGGUGGCGCCACCCGCCCAUUCGCCCGCCGCCGGCGAUACGAACUUUUCGCUGCCCGUGGUCAUGCGGCAGCGCAAGCCUAGCACUGGCAGCACGAACUCGGAGCGCAGCUCAUUCAGUCAGGAUCCGGACUCGCCGCGAAUAGCCAUCGAUGAGCGUUACGGUUCCUAUGCGGCUGGCUCGUAUACAUCGCCCAUCUGCGCCUCGCCCAUCGGCGCCUCGCCCAUUAUGGUGUCGCCCAAGCCGAACGAUGACAUGGGCAAGCCGGCGUCACCGUAUACGCUGAAUGGCGCCAUCAAGGUGGGCUUCUAUCAGGACACGACGACCAAGAGCAGCCCGGAUAAGAGCUGCAGUCCGCGCGAAAUGAACUCGCCGUAUCCGCAAUAUUCGCAGCACAUUUACUCGUCGGCAUCAUCGCCAAAUGUGUCCACGCCCGAGCUGAGUGGCACUUCGCCUUAUGGUGGCGGCAAUAGCUAUAAUCCGUCUGGUUCGGAGGCGUCCAAGACGCCAGCCUAUUCCUCCACCUCGCCACUGCCCAUCUACGAUCAGUACAAACAGCCGCGCUCCCAGGAAUCCGACUACAACUCAUCGAUGAGCCCCAGCACGCCCAAUCCGCAUUCACCCUACCAACAGCCGCAGAGUUCGCCCUACACCACGCCCCAUUCGACGCAGCCUUCGCCCUAUCACGCCCAGUCGCCCUACCAUCAGACCGCGCAAUCGCAGCCUCAGUCACAGCAGCAGCAGCAGCCCUCGCACAGCCCUAAUCCUCAGCAACAGCAGCAGCAGCAGCAGCAACAGGCGCUCAGCCCAAUGCCCAGCAGCGUGGAUUCGCCUGCCUCCUCGGCGGCCACACAGCCGCCCACCCCGCUGGCACAGUCACCGGCCGAGCAGCAGCACUCGCCGUACCAACAGCCUGUGCUGUCGCCCUAUCAGCAGCAAGUCGUGCCGCCGCCGACGCCUGUGGUGCCGGCCCCAGUGGCAACGAGCCAACCAGCUGCAGCACCUGUGGUGCCUUUAACAGCAACAAUGGGCAACAAUGGCUAUGCACCAACGCAUGACAACUACCAGCAGCAACAGCAGCAGCAGCAGCAGCAACAUUCUUUGUACAAUCCGGCAACGCUGAUCAAUCCGCUACCACCUGCUGCUUCCGUGGCGGUAUCCACAGCGACGCCUGUUGUGGCUAAGGCUAACAACAAUGAUUGGAGUCUGGGACACAGCCUGCUGCCGCCUAACCUAGCCACGAAUCAGGUCACACAACAACAGCAACAACAUCAAAAUCAACAGCAGCAGCAGCAGCAACAACAACAGCAGCAGCAACAGCAACAUCAGGCGCUGGCUCAUCAGCAGCAGCUGCAUGGCAUGAAGCCCAAAUAUCCAACCUAUGCACAAUAUCAGUCGACAAAUGCGGCGGCCAAUGCAGCAGCAGCCGCAGAUGCUGUUGACAGUCAACAACAACAGCAGCAACAGCAACAGCAGCAACAGAAAAUUGUGCCGCCCAGCUAUGGCAGCGAUAUGGCCACUUUUAUGCAGCACCAAAUGCAGCAGCCCGCCAAAACUGAUACGUUGAUCAAUCCGUUGAAGCGAGCUAACGAGGAUUACAGCGAUGUUGCUGCCAGCAAACUGACCAAGCUGGACGAGAAUCAUGUGCAGCAGCAGCAGCAGCAAUUGCACACAGCAACACAGCAGCAGCAGCAACAGCAGCAACAGCAGCCACCGCUGCUCAAUAAGCAACAGCAAAUGUUCAAUAGUUUUCUGGGCUCCAUGGCCUUUAACAAGCAGCUGGGCACCAUAGCGCCAGAUAAGGCAUUCGAAAUGUAUAAUCGCGCGGCGGCUAUGGGUUUUCCCAAGGACUUUGCCAAGGACAAUAGCGUCUGCAACAUGCAGCAGCAGCAGCAACAGGCAGCAGCCAACAAGCAGCAGAGCACUCAGCAGCAGCAGCAGCAACAACCGCAGCCGCAUUUGACACAGCUGCAGCCGCCGCAUAAUCUGAAUUAUCAGCAGCAGCAGCAAAACAACAACCUGCAACAGCAGCAGGCACAGCCCGCACAGCAACAACAACAACAACAAGAGCAGCAGCAACAGCAACAGCAGCAACAGCCACACAAUGCCUACCAGCAACAGGCGCAGCAGCUCAACCACAACUAUGCACCAGCAGCAGCUGCUGUUGCUGCUGUGCAACAGCCGACAUCUGGCAAGCCCGCGGCAACACAGGCUGCUGUGGCGUCCAAUAGCGACAACAGCAACAUGUUGCACCUGCCGGCGCAUCAGCAUCAUCUCAGCCAGACGCAUCAUCUGGCUGCCUACAAUAAACCGACGCCGCCGCCGCCGCAAACCUACAACAAUCCCUUGAUGCACACGUUGACCGAGUCCAUGUUGGCCUAUCCGGUUAACUAUUUUGAUAAGAAUAUGCCGCCGGCGGCGCAUAUGUACAGUGCGUCCAGUGCGGCCACAGCGUACGGUAAUCCCGCCCAGCAGCUGCCCGGCAACUAUGUGCCCGGCAGCAACAAUGGUGCGCAGCCCUCGCCACAGCAACAACAGCAACAACAGCAGCAGCAGCAACAACAGCAACAACAACAACAGCAACAACAACAGCACCAACAGGCUGCAGUUAGCUCAGCGCCAGCUGCUGAGGUCAAGGCGCCUGCUAAGCGUGGACGCAAGAAGAAGGCGACCACAGUUGCAGCCGAGGCAAAUGCCAAGCAGCAGCAACAACAGCAACAGCAACAACAGGUCACAGCACAACAGCAGCAGCAACAACAACAGCAGCAGCAACAACAGCAGCAGCAGCAGCAUAGCCAACAUAGCCAGCAGCAGGCCAUGUCGCAGUACAACAUGCCACAGAUGCCCACAGCUGCCGCGGCACACACUCAGGUGCUGCAUCAGGGUUUCCAGCUGUAUGCGGGUCUCAAGUCAGGCGGCGUGGCAUCGCCAGCGGCUGGCACAGCAGCAGCAGCAGCUGCCGCUGCGGCAGCAGCAGCUGCCUCGGCUGGCAGCGCAACGGGCAGCAAUCAGACGGCAGCAGAUGCGGCUGCCAUCUCGCUAAAGACCUCCACGGGCGGCAUGGUGCCGGGCAGCGCCUUCAACUUUGCGCCCACGCCCAGUGCGCUGGGCUUGUAUGGCGAUCAGACAGCGGCAGCGGCGGCUAGCAGCUAUUUGGAUCAGUUCCGCGAUGCGCCGAAUCCCUACUAUAUGCCGCCGGCGCCGGCGCAUAGUGGAGCCGCAGCAGCAAAUGCCGCUGGCAAUGGGUCGGACAAGACACAGAAUCCAUUGAAUACGGCCGCUGGCUCCUAUCCGUUUCUGGCUGCAGCGCAUCCAUCGACACGGGCCGCAGCUGCCGCGGCGGCAUAUCCCUUUGCGGCCACCCAACUGGACCCCAAUUCGCAGCUGUACCAGCAAUAUCUGCGACGCGAUGACUUCCAUGCGCGCAUGAUCUUCAAUCAGAGCCUGCUGGGCGGCCCGGCUGCCGCUGCUGCCGCGGCCGGCUAUGGCCAACCACCGCCGCCGCCGGCUGCUUAUCGACCCUCGGCUCUCGGCAUGACCAAGCCGUAUGAUAUUAAUAGGCAAUCAUGGUUUUAGCAGUACGCCAGUGCCGCCAAUGUGGACCUGCAGGGCGACGAUCUGAAUGCGUCGUCUACGGCGGCGGCGGCGGCGGCAGGGACGGCAGUGGGGGCGGCGGUUGUUACAGCAGGGGGCGUGGCUGCAACAGCAGCAGCUGCAGCGACAGCGCCUGCAACUGUGGCAAAUGCACAGCAUUAAAUGCGAUUGGUUUCAACAAGAGUUUUCAACGUGUGCUAAAACCGAACUGGGAGCGUUUUAUAAUUUGUCCUGAUAAUAUAUAUAUAUGUAUAUACACAUAUAUAUAUGUGUGGUUAUGUAUGCUGACUCGAAUUCUAGUCUAAUAGAAUCGCGAUGAUUGUUUUGAUUGUGUGUGUGUGUGUGUCCCCCUAACUCUCCCCACUCAACCAUGUCCCAAUUUACCCCCAUUUCCUGCCUUUUUCACACCAUUUUGUGCAAUGUUCUAAACUUUCAAACGUCGCCCAGGUUUAGCACAACGUUCGCAACUAACAUUUUAGAUGCAUCGUUUUUUAUUUGGAUAAUCUUAGUUUAAAGUUUUUCUGUUAAUGACAAAUCUAUACAGGUAAUUGUUUAUAUAAAAGUUAAUGGUAGUUAAAAGAAGAAAUCUAAGCGGAAACAAAAUGGGAAAUCGAUGAACACGAAUGAUUCUAAGAAUUGUUUCAAUUGCUUCCGACUAUUUGUAAGCCUUUAGUUUGCAGAAUUUAACUAAGCGUAUUAAUUGUAAAUUAGCUAUUAUUAUUAUAUUAUAUUAUCUUAUUACUAAGUAUAUAACGACUAUUUACUAUAUUAUUAGUUUUUAUAUGAACGUGCAGCGGGUAAUUUGUUGAUAUAUUUAUUAAUAUAAUCCAAGAAAAGCGAAAAGCGGCAAACAUUUUCUUUAGUUUGUAAUAAGCCAAGCGCGCAAGUUGUAUAAACUUUUUGUUAAAUAUGCUAAGUAAACAGUACGGUCUAAACUUAAAUCCAAAAAUAAAUGUACACACAACACA